GCCUUUGGCUAUGACAUUAACAACUGUCUCUUCAGUCAUUGGACACCUUUUAAAGUUGUUGAAAAAGGCAAUGCCGUAUUACAAAAGCAGGUUGCGUGUGGCGGGAAACAACUCUGUUAUGGUACUCCUCCUAACCCAAAUAACACGCCAGAGCAACAAAAAUUUCACAAAGCACAGUUUGCCGUCUGUUACAACACGGCAACACGUAUUCCGACAUUUACCGGGCACGUGGUUAAACCGGGUGUCGUAAGGGGAAUCAGGCCAAUGAACCGAAUGUAUUUCACGCUGAUACUUAUUUUACAGGUAAGUGAUUUAAUUUAGGUUUUAUAAUAACUAUUUCUCUCUCACUGAUUUGCUAAUAUUAAUCAUCGAAGUUCCACACAUACAAAUUUAAUUUCUGCACGUACUUUUAACUUUCUUGUCAAGGAUUGCAGUGGACAGCAAUUACACAAUGUUAUGAAGCAAUUUAUCACCAAUAACCGCACGGUCACCUUGCUACUUUUUGAGUGCGACUUUUUUGUUUUCUAAGUUUCUACCAGGCAUUCAAUUUUUUGUUACGACAGUCGAAGUUCUCCUUGCGACCACUCUAGUAAGCGACCUGCUCUAGUUACGACCACCUUUUUGAAACUCUGUUUUAGCUGUGACUUAAACUUCGUAUUAAAUGAAAAGCUCUCGUAAACGACCUCUCCUGUAAGCGACCGCGACCACGACCACUUUUGGGAUUACCCAACCUGAUUUUUCGUUUGUUUUUAAGCUCUCGUAAGCGACCACUCAGAGUCUUAUUCAUAUAAACCAACACUUAAAUGAAACUGCCCACUACGCUAAUGGUUCGUUGAUAAAGAUCGUGGGGUUCAAUUUUGGUCUAAAAAAUUGGACGUAAAGUUUAGCCGUGUCUAUAUCAGCUUAAGACACUCAUUAAACAUAAAGUUUCUUUUGUUUUUCUUUAUGAAUUUUUUAAUGACUUUCUGAAGCUCUGGUAAGCGACCACCCUCCAUUGUUUUACCAUGCGGUCGUUUAAAAUAUGAUUCAUUUCAUAUAUUUCAAUUGUAAGUGCUUAUUUUGAAUUUUACUCGUUUGGUUGUUACUGAAGAGAAAGCCAGUUUGAUUCUAGAUUCCCUUUAAGUUAUAUUUAUUACUUAUUUGCAAAACAUUCCAAAUCAGUGUGGUGCAAAAGUGAGGCAUUUUCCUAGAGAAAAAAGCAAGUUCUCCGUUUGUUUGUUUGUAUUUUUAUUGUUAUACUUCUACUUCUACUUAUACAUCACAGAUCCAGUGACAAGGCAACCAUCUAAUGAAAUAGCAUUACAUGGUGACUACAAUACCGACCACCAACGCAAUCUUAAUAUCAAUUUCGAUAUCGUGAAUCGGUAUUGUGCUAGAGGUCAUUUGACUCCAAACGCGGAUUUUUCAGACGGCGACGAACGUGCGCGCACCUAUGUAACAACCAACAUUGCACUAGCCUGCGUAGCAGGCGCUUGGAAGUAGCGGGCGAAAGAGAGAACGGGCGCGCGCGAGGGAGACACACAAGGGGUGAGGGAGCUUCCUCUCCCCUCGCGUGUCUCCUUCUCGCGCGCCCGUUUUUUCUUGUGCCCACUACUUCCAAGCGCCUGUUCUAGCGCGCCCGUUUUUUCUUGUGCCCACUACUUCCAAGCGCCUGCUACGCAGGCUAACAUUGCACCUCAGAGGUAGCUGUUCAAUGGCGGUAACUGGCAAAUAUUGGAAACCAUCAUACGAGGCUAUGCAAACUUUUCGGAAAAUCACCUGUUUGUGAUCACUGGGACGAGUAAGUAAAAAACGAAUGGCGACUAGCCGGCUGUCGUCAGUGUUGUUAACUUUUCCUCAUUUCAGCUCAGUUAUUUGCUAGAGAUCCCAUGCAGAACAACGCAAAGCUCAUGUUAGGAAAAGGGCCAAUAGUAGGAAUAAAAGGAAAACAAACCAAGAGAACAAAAAAAGUAUAAUAAUAAGUAUAAACAAACAACAACAACAACCAUAACUAAAAUACGUCUCAGCUCGCGGUCUAAUCUAAAGUAUUUUCAGUGCUGUCUCUUACAGAAAUUCUGCCGGAAAACUCCCUUUACAAACGCUGGUCGAGCCGUACCAUGUACUCAAAGAUAGAUUUCACGAAAAGUAAGUUUCUGGCGCUAAAAAACCGAACUGCAGUUCAUCUCAUUUGACGAAAUAUGGCCGACACGGCAGACACUGAAACUCGUCUGCAAAGUGAGAAGUAAUUUUCUCUUAUCUUGAAUGUCGCUCUUAUUUUGAAGCUAGCGGUCUAAAUCGCUUUCAUUUUCUCUUUAGAGUACUUCUGCCGUCGAAAUUCAAGUCAAAAACCAUUUCUUGACCGCUAGAAGGGUCGGACACAAAACAACUGGGACAAGUUUUUUUCGUCGCUAUUUCUUUGCUGACCUUUUUAGAGCUUUCAGUGAAUGAAUUAUGCACCCUUUAAGUUUUUCUAGAUUUAAAAAGGGUAAAUGUGCUUGCCAUUUAUUUUUUUUGUUGCCUAGUUAUUGAGAUGUUUUUACCAAAUUUGAAGUAAAAAGUAGAAGCAUAAUUUUUGCAUUUUUUGCUAAGAUGAGCAUGAUUUAUUAAAGAGGCCCUGUUAGAGGGAGUGCCCAUGUCCCCCGUCUGAAUUUCACAGCCAGCUAUGUCGCACUUUCGGAACAUUCUCGUGUCGCCUGUCGGAAUUUCAAUAACAUUAUUUGUUUAGCUCGUUGCCAGUCUGACAAUCCGCAUUCGCUGCGACGACGCCAACGGAACAUACGGCCUCUAUCUUUAGUACUUUUAAGCCCAGGGUUUUAAGACCUUUAUAAAUGUUUGAUAUUUAUUCAGACUACUUGGAAUAGUAAUUGAAGUCAAUAAAAUUCCAUUUAGUAAACUAUACAAUUUUAGAGAUAUUUUUAAAAUGGCUUGGAGUGAAUCGAGGCCUAAUCUGGCAAAACACUCGAGCUAUCAUAACGUUUCUAAAAUUCUGGUAGUGCAAGAAAGAGUCUAAUGUUUCUUCCGAGUUAAACUCUGAUUUAGUUGUCAGACUGUGCUUUUCCGUAACUAUAACAACCCAGGAGGAAGGACAUUAUCAACCAUUCAUUAUCUGUGAGGCAUGCGUUUACAAGAAGUCUGUGAAAAAUGAACUAAAGGUCCAGACGAUUUGGGCGGAUGACGGUUCUCCCGGAUGUUGUGCGAAGUGGGAUUCCUCCAAAGACGACGUCUGAUGGGUUUUCAUCAUCAUCAGAGUCGAGGUCGCUGUCCUCUUCACCGCCCUCUUUGUCUGGCAAAAGGUCUUCCACGUCAUUUUGGGUAUCGAAGAAAUGUUUCGUAUGAUACCUCCGUCACUUUCACAUAAUCGCACCAUUUUUCAAAAUGCUCUUCCCCCACUUUACUGACGAUAGCAUCUCGGUGGAUUCGUACGCUUUCAUUCAAAGUAAACAGCAGACAGUCUUCAAAUGAAGAAACAAACAACUCAAUAUCACAAAAAGAAUUCUCUUCCUUGUCGGUGACAUAAGCUACGACAAUUCCAACAAAGAGGGGUCCCCUGUUCGGGUAUCCACGUAUGUUGUCGCGCUUGACGACCACAACACUGUUGGCCUCAAAUAAAAUGGCUCCUAUGACAGCUUCCUGCUCAAUCUCUGUGACCACUGUUUCUCUAGCUGUGAGGUCGCCUGUGGUGGAAAAAUCUAAUGGUCUUGGAGGCUGAUCUGGUGUUGUGUAUGCGAACAAUGGAAGUGUACCUACAUUGUCCUUGGUACUUUGAUUUCGAACGUCACGCAACGCUCCUCCCCACUAACUUGUGGGGAGGAGCGUUGCGUGACGACACUAAAAACAGCUGUGUAGCGUGCUAUGUUGCCACUAGCACGUACCAUUUCUCGACAGAGAGGCAAAUUCCGUCACAUUCUUCCGUGCAUUCCGUGCACAAAUUUUGGCGAGUCCCGCCUCCCAGGUAGCAGUCAAAUCCCGUUUCCCGUCAAGAUAUUUUGUGUUUUCCCGAAUCUCUUACCGAGACUACCCUUCAAGACGCUGUUCAUUGUUACUAUUAUGAGUUUUCUUUGGUGUAACAUGGAUUUUAAAAGGUAGAUUUCAGGGAAAACUUGUCUGUGAACUGAGAUGCACUGGCAAAUAUUCAUUUAACUCGACUUUCUUUUGAAGCUACCGGUCCAAAUUGCUUAAAUGUUCCCUGUACAAUACUUCUGCAUCGAACUGUAACGCUAAAUACAUUUCUUGAUCGCCGCUAAAACUCAAACUGCAAGGCCUUCGGCCUCGCUACUCGAGGAACAGCUGUUGGGAUUAUCGGCCGAGUGCUGUAUUGUUUUGGCGGGGAGGGGGGGGAGGGGGGCUGCGAGAAGAUUGGGAACAAGUCAAAUUGAUACCUGGUGUAGCUGCACGCAGUUUCACUGGAUUAGCGAGCGAGUGCUGCCAAGAGACAACCCCGGACAUAACAAUCCCGCCAGCUACACAGGCUAAGCAAUUCUUUGAUUUACACACGGUGUGUAUCGAUACAAAUGCGCCAUGUAAGUAUGGCGUUUUGUUGUGUAUUUUUUGUAUCUGUUGUUGUUGUUGUUGUCGUUUUGCGAUUUAAUCAACAUAGAGCGGCUUAUACUUAUCCUGGUUUACAUAUAAAGGAGUAAAAUUCGUACAAUAACUAGGAAAUAAAAUAUUAAGCUAGAUUACUUGACAAAAGUUAUGUUUGGUAGUUUAUUAAAGCAAGAGCUUUUUUCUGCUUGUCAUAAAUAACGUUAUACGCCCACGUGGCUUUCGAAGUUAAGCUUUUCUCGUUUUUAUCAAGGUGGGAGCGCAAGGAAUUUGAAUGGAGCUGUUGUCUGGCUGAAUAAUCGAGUUCUGGCACCAGGAUAUUAUUGGAAGGCUGUGUGUGACCCAAUCAACAAGCAAUCCAUUUUUUUUUUCGCUGAAAACAACGUUGGUAACGUGGAUAAUGUGCAAGAAAAGGGUUGCUUCAAUAUAAAGCAAACCAAGAGAUAUGGUGUAAUAAAGUGCGACAGUAUCUCAAACGCCGAGGCCAAAUUUGGCAAAUUGCCAGAUUUUCAUAAGACGAAUUGCAAACCUGAUGAAGGAGGUAGUAAAUUUAAGGAAUAUGUCAUGACUAACAAUAAGUACAAAAUGUUUAUGUAA